GUGCCGCUCCCGUGUUCGAAAUCGACCAAUCGAGGCGACCCACGAUCAGAUCAUUUGCAUAAGGGUAAUUCGCCAUUGCUACUCGAGAUCGAACAAGGCCACGACGCUCGUCUCGGAACAUCUAUAACUUCUAAUUUCUUCUUUAAUCUCAAUAAGAGAGGCUACCAAAAUGGUUUCAGAUCAUCCCUAGGAACAGUACCUCGCUGGAUGGAGGGUCUUAGCCCGUGGAUGGGCUACUUUUCUUGGCGAUUUUCAUCGCUGGGAUACAGGGCUAUAAGUAGGGACAAUGCAAAGAGGGGGAAGAUUGGGUCAUUGCAUACCAUCUAGUGAAGUCCAGCCAGGACAAGAACCUUGCCUUGAUUCUUCCACCCAACUCCAGAAAAUUGUCAAUGAAACGGUGCUACAUCAAGAGCGUUCUGCUGGCCCACAAAGACAAAUCGAUCCUGUUAGGUACUCCAACCUUUCUCCAAGGGCAGUCAACCAAACUGGGGAAGUGUUAUUUGGAGGUAGUCCGUCAGUUCAUGCAGUUGAAGUCCAUGGUCAACACCUACAGGUUGUGGCUCCAGAGCUCAUCUCAGUUGCAGAUUACUUGGCCCAUUCAGCUGCUACUAGAUCCAUUGGAGCAUCACAGAGGCAGCUUGUACAACCUGACAGGGGUUCAUUGGCAUUUUCUGGUGAAACAAUCUACCAUACACCCAGUGGUCCUCCCUCCGUGGAUUCUGUAGUCCAAUCAGCAUUCCCAGGUAGUGGCCUGUGGUCAGGUUGCUCCCCUGGUUUACACGGGGCCAGUCCUACGACAUCAUCCCUUCCCUUCAGCCCUUCACGGACAAACCCUUUUCAUUCCAGUCUUACUAAACCCGUCAAAUUAAACAUGAGUGCAUCAAUCACCAAUCAACCACCCUCUGAGGUGGUUGACCUCCGACGAAAAACUCUUGAAGAAAAGAGAAAGACAUUGAAAGAAGUGCAAAACUCUUAUGUGGAUAAACUCACAGAGUUGUAUUUCCUUCAGCAAAGCCACAACAUGAUGGACUAUGUGAUAUGGAAGAAGAAGCAACCAGAUCCUCACUUGGCAUCGUAUUUGAAAAAUAGACAGCUUGAAGAGCGUCCUUUCCAGGACCUUAAUACUGAGGUUAAAACCGGUACAGCAUCCAGUAGCAAAGCCUCUCUCAUCACUCUGGCAACUACAUCUGCCCAGGAGGCGGCACCCCAACUGAAGAAACGCAGCGAUGGGGAUGAUAGCAGCCGGAAAGGUCAGUUAGGAUCAUCAGGAGGAUUGUCUGCAGCUUUGGCCAGUGAAUCUAGGAAACGCAGCAGCAGUCAGGCAGGUCUUGACGAGGCUGGCGAAGGGCACUCUGUUAAACUCAAAGUUGGUGGGUCAGAAGUGUCCACUAAGAGUGAAUCAUCCUCUAUAGCUUCAUCAAGAGCAUUGCCUUCAAUAACUGUGAUCCCUGCUACACCAACACCUGGUAACAUGUCUGGUAUUGAGGAAGCACCAUUGGCCACUAAGAUAACUGCUGAUACUGUUGAUGUCAAAGGUUCAGUUGGUCUUGCUUCGCCCAUGCGUCGCAAUGUAAGUGCUCCAUCAUCAUUAGGUCAGAUGACGAGUAAAAGCCUGGUCAAAUCUCACCUUCCUACUGGGUUAUCAAGAGAAAGGCAAGGAACCAGACAAGGAGCCCUCUCAGCAGUCUAUGACUACACUAUCGGUUCGCAAGAAAUGAUAGUAGAAAGGGCAAAACAGGAAGCCCAGGUGAUGCAGAGAAUAGCAGAGUUAAGAAGGGAUGGGCUGUGGUCAGCUAAGCGUCUUCCAAGAGUCCAGGAGCCUCCGAGGCACAAGUCACAUUGGGAUUACCUACUAGAAGAGAUGCAAUGGCUUGCUACAGAUUUUGCUCAGGAGAGAAGAUGGAAGAAAAAUGCUGCUAGAAAGCUGGCUCGAGCUGUAGCUAAACAUCACCAGGAGCAAGAGGCUAAGGAAAUGAAAGCUGGCAAGGAGGAGGUGCAGAAACUGAAGAGGAUAGCAGGGAACAUUGCCAAAGAAAUCAAAGCAUUUUGGGCUAAUAUUGAAAAGGUUGUGCAAUAUAAACAGCAGAGUAGGUUAGACGAGCGAAGGAAGAAGGCAUUGGAUCUUCAGCUGGAUUUCAUCGUUGGUCAGACUGAGAAGUAUUCAUCAUGGUUGACUGAAGGACUUAAUACCAGCACUGCAGGAUCGUCCGCUCAGGGAUCCUCAGUGUCGAGUCCCAGGUCUGAUCGCAUGGCAGAUGAUGUGGAAUUUGAACCUCGGGGAGAUGACAGUGAUGAUGACGAGGAGACGAUAGACGUUGAGGAGAAGCAGGCUGCCAAGGCAGGUGAGGUUUCUGGUGUGAGUGAGAUUGAACAGCUGCAGAGGGAAAGUGAGCUUCCAAUAGAAGAAUUGCUGAGCUCUCUACAGGAGGCACAGAAGGAGGAAGAGAAGAAGAGCUCAGGGAAAAAGGCGGAAGAGGACCCUUCCAAGAAACGGGAAGGGACACAGUCUACUGCCUCUCUGAAAGAAGUGACUGCACCUGAAUCAAAGAUCACAGAGAGUACAGAUGACAAAGACUUUGAAUUAUCAGCAGAUGAAGACGAUGAAUUUGAUGAUGAUGAGAAGACCCUUGAUGAGCAAGAAGAAAAGGAAGGUGAUAUUGAUCACAAGGCUGAACUGAAUGAUCUAGCUGCUGAUGGGGAAAUCCCAAUUGAAGAACUUUUGAAGCAAUACCAAGGAGCUUACGCUGAGGACUUUGAUUUCUCUGAUGCAGAUGAAGAUGAGGAGAGUGAGGAAGAUGAAGAGUCAUCACAAGAAUCCUCAUCUGAAGAUGAAGAGGUAGAUGAGGAGGAUGCUGAACAGGACCAGGAUGAGCUCAAGGAUGUUGGAAUGGAAUACCUCAUCAACCCUGAAAAAGAAAAUGUAGACCUUGAAGCAAAACCAUCACAGGGAACAUCUGAAGAAGCUGGUCCAAACAGGGAGAUCACAGACAUUGCUGCUGCUGCUCAGAGUUUACAGCCAACAGGAUAUACUCUCCUAGAUACAGAGGUUAAAACCAAAGUGCCCUUCUUGCUUCGUCACACCCUACGUGAAUACCAGCAUAUAGGACUGGACUGGUUGGUGACCAUGCUGGAGAAGAAACUCAAUGGUAUCCUGGCAGAUGAGAUGGGUUUGGGCAAGACUAUCCAAACCAUUGCAUUAUUAAGCCAUCUUGCCUGUGAAGAAGCUUGUUGGGGACCUCAUCUUAUAGUUGUGCCUACUAGUGUGAUGCUCAAUUGGGAGAUGGAAUUCAAGAAAUGGUGUCCAGGCUUCAAGAUCCUCACAUACUUUGGUAGCCAGAAAGAGAGGAAGUUAAAGAGAACAGGUUGGACCAAAUCAAAUGCCUUUCAUAUCUGCAUUACAUCUUACAAGUUAGUCAUUCAGGACCACCAGUCAUUCCGAAGGAAAAAAUGGAAGUAUCUGGUUCUUGAUGAGGCCCAGAACAUCAAAAACUUCAAGUCUCAGAGAUGGCAGACGUUGCUCAACUUCAGCAGUCAGCGUAGACUCCUCCUGACAGGCACACCCUUGCAGAACAACCUGAUGGAGCUAUGGUCUCUCAUGCAUUUCCUUAUGCCUCAUGUCUUCCAGUCCCAUAGAGAGUUCAAGGAAUGGUUCUCCAAUCCCCUAGGAGGUAUGAUUGAAGGAACGCAAGAGUACAACGAAGGAAUUAUACGCAGGUUGCACAAGGUGUUGAGACCAUUCUUAUUACGCAGACUGAAAAGUCAAGUAGAGAAGCAGCUUCCUCAGAAGUAUGAGCAUGUGAUCCGUUGUAGGCUAUCCAAGAGACAGAGGUAUCUCUAUGAUGAUUUCAUGGCCCAAACAAAAACCAAAGAAACCCUCAGCACUGGUCACUUCAUGAGUGUGAUCAAUGUUCUGAUGCAGCUGCGUAAGGUAUGCAACCAUCCAGAUCUGUUUGAAGAGAGACCAAUAGUUUCACCAUUUACCAUGAUUGGCAUCCUCUACUAUACAGCUUCACUGGUCCACAGAGCCAUGGAGUACAACCCACUCAAGCAAGUAAGCCUACAAGCAUUGAACCUGUGCAUCGCAGACUUGGAGAUCUCAAUGCCUGCCUAUGCGGCCCAUAGGACCUGCCAGCUUCAGACACCAAGAAAGCUGAUUGAGGAGAUAGACAGUGCUCCUGAACCACCAUCAAGACCUCCCAAGGUCAAGGUCAAACCAGGAAAGCUCUAUCCAUCACCCAUGGCUCUACAGGCUCAGAAAGAAGCAAGAGCUAGUCCGUCCUUAGUGAAUCGUCCCAGUGACCGAGCUUCUCCAUCAGCUCUUCAUAUACACGGGCGUGGUUCCCCAUCGAUGGUGAGGGUGGCUUCUCCAAGUAGCAAAGGAACACCAGGGUCAUCUGGGGUAACUCAAGUCCUUGUUAGGUCAAGCUCAGGGGUCACUUUGCAACCAAGAGCAUCAACACCAUCACAAGGUACUCCUCAGAUCCUACAGGGACGUCCUGGUACGCCUCCUGUCUCGCUGACAGCUAUCAGCAACCCCAGGUCACCGGGUACCCUAACAUUGGUUUCCCAGAGCCCUCAGCCUGUACCCAGCGGUACACCCCUGCAGCAGCUGCCUGGGUACACUGGAACUGUCAGUGGGAAUGUGAGUUCUCUUGGUCAGCGCAGGGUGCUGUUACAGCAACAGCAGGUGAGUGGAGCUGGUACAAAUGGUCGAGCUUCCCUAAUCACUACACAACCCAUCACGGUACAGCUACAAUCAGGUUCAACGAACUCAGCACAGCAAACGGGUCAGAGAUUACUGGCAGGCCAAAUACGACAACUUCCGCAAGGCGGUAUCGUCCAAAUCAUUCAAACAUCAGGAGGACAGCAGAUCAUCCGGCCAGCCGUCCAGCUUACGAGCCAAGCUAACCUUGUUAAUGCGCAGCGUUCAUCAAACUCCCCAACCCUGGCUGCACAGAGACAAGGCACUCCACAAAUGGUUCUGUCACACACCGCUGCCCAGCUCCAAGCUGCUCAGCAAUUGCACCAGUCCAUUCAAAGACAGUUGACGGCACAGGGUGUAAGCCCUAGCCAGGCUCAGGCUGUAGCCUCACAACUUUCAAAGGUCACUGCUGGUCAGUCUCCUCUGCAACUGCAGCAAAGACAGAUAGUUCUGCAGCAGCAGCAACAGCCGCAACAAGUUGUGAUCAAUGCCAAAGGAGCGAGUGUGCACACAACACCAGCAACACAAACUGUCACAUGUGCGAGCUCGUCAUCAAGGCCCAGCAGUCCAUCUAUUACCAUAGUUCAGGCAGCGAGGAAUGUCAAUGCCUCAAGCCCUGUGUCGGGAGUUAUCAAGACAUCAAGUCCUACCACAAAGACUGUUACAGUGCCCUUGGCCUCUGAGAAAGCAACAAAUGCUGCUAAGAUGGUUGGGGCUUCAAGUCCGGCCGUGAAGACAACUAUGGCUGGUGUGUCUCCUAGAGUGUCAACAGGAAAGGAGGAGUCAAAAGAAUCAAAAGAAGCAGCUGAGAAACUCAAGAAAGCAGAAAGAAAAAGAAAAUCAUCACCACUCUAUCUGGAAUCACUUGACAAAGCUAGAGCGGAUGAGCGUAAGGCAUGCCUCUCCCGUAUUGCCUCCUUCAAUCAGCAACGCUGCAAUGCCAAACCAGUGUACGGUCAAGACCUCUUCACAGCCGUGUCUCUCUACCAUACCUCUAAACCUGCUGGUAAGAGAAGACCCUUCAGCAAUGGGGUGGGUAACAUCCACUGCUAUCACUCGCUGGUAGGAGAUGCCCUGAGGAGAGUGGAGGUAGCCUAUAAGAAGACCAGGAAUCUCAGGAAUAUCCUCCACUCUCCAGAAGACUACCUUGAGGAACUACAGCAGAUCAUCAAGAGGUACACCUUUGUGGUUCCACGUGUUUCAGCACCACUCAUCACCAUGCACACCUCGCAUACACCACCUUCAUUGCUGAAUAAAGAGAGGAGUUUGAUAGACACACUAACGGCAGAGGUCAAACCUAGGUCUUGGUGUCUACAUCCUAUAGAGAAUCUAAUGAGACUAGACAUGCCUGAACUAAGACUCAUUCAAUAUGAUUGUGGUAAACUGCAGACUCUGGAUGUGUUACUGAGGAAGCUGAAGGCGGAGACUUCCAGGGUUCUCAUCUUUACCCAAAUGACCAAGAUGCUGGACGUCUUAGAAAGGUUUCUCAACUUCCAUGGUCAUAUCUACCUCAGGCUGGAUGGUACAACUAAAGUUGAGCAGAGACAGAUUAUGAUGGAGAGAUUCAACAAGGAUCCUCGUAUCUUCUGCUUCAUCUUGUCAACACGAAGUGGUGGUAUGGGUGUCAAUCUGACUGGUGCCAAUGCAGUGGUCUUCUAUGAUAGUGAUUGGAAUCCUACCAUGGAUGCUCAGGCUCAGGACAGGUGUCACCGCAUCGGUCAGACGAGGGACGUCCAUAUAUACAGAUUGAUAAGUGAGAUGUCUAUUGAAGAGAAUAUCCUGAAGAAGUCUAAUCAGAAGAGGCUGCUCAUUGAUGUCUCCAUUGAAGGAGGAAACUUUACCACUGCUUUCUUCAAGAAGCAUACUAUCAAGGAUAUCUUUGAUGUGUCUAAGAGUGCUGGAUCUCUUGAAGACCUGGUAGAAGUUGAGAAGCCAGUGCACGUGGAACAACCUAAGGAAUCUCAACAACCUGAGCAAGAUGCCAAGGCAGCUGAUCCUCUCUCCCAGUCAGAGUUGGAAAAGGCCUUAGCCCGAGCAGAGGACGACACCGACGUGAAGGCUGCAUCCAGGGCACAUGCCGAGCAGGAUGCUGAGCUGGCUGAAUUUGAUGAGAGCAUCCCAUAUGAGGGAGAGGAAGGCAAAGGCAAGGAGGAGUCAUCCAAGUUGGAGAUGGAGCUAGCACAACUCAAUGAACAGCUGACACCUAUUGAACGGUAUGCUGUUGUUUAUUUGGAAGAAACUCUUGAACCUAUCACAGCUGAGGAGCUCAAAGAAGCAGAGGAGCAAGUAGAGGCUGCAAAGAGAGAAUGGGAACUUGGUAGACUGCAAGCCUUGAAAGAACAGGAGGAGCGCGAGGCAGAACUGGAAGAGGAUGAAGUCCUCUACACAUACUCCAGAGAGGACUCAGAAAAUAAGGUGCAUAAGAAUUCUAAAAAUGUAAAGCGUAAGGAAAAAUCCAGAGGGACUGUUGAGAAAAGUGUCCGGGAUACCCGGCAGAGUCGUAGUGAUAGUAGAGAGAAGAGUCGUAGGAUAAGUGGGAGCAGGGAGGGUAGUAGGGCCAGCAGUAGGGCCAGUAGUAGAGCUGGCUCUCCACCAUCAAUUGAAAGGCAGUCAAGAAGAGUGCGAAGUAGGGCCAGUAGUGGGGCAUCAGGUACUGAUGGGGACUUGUCUCGGAGGACAAGGAGUAGGACUAGUAGUGAAAGUGGGUCAGAUAGGUUGCCUUCUCCUAGGGGUGGUGACAGGGCUAUGCGAAUGGCUGAAAGGGACAAGAGACGGGACACUAGUCAUAAAGACCCUCCUCGCAAAAUUGGUAGGCCAAGGAUUAGGAGCUCGGAAAGGAGUCCUGAAAGGGUGUUGCCUAAAAGGAAAUCCAGCAGUUCAGAGUCAGGAACAGAGAGCAAAGGUAAAUCACGUAGCUCUGAUAGGGGUUCAGUUUUUAGCAAUGGGGACAGUCGUAAAACCAGGUCUGGGAGGAGCCAUAGAAAUGUGUCUCUACCAGAGGGAAGCACUGUGAGUGGAACCCUAGAACCUGUUGUUGAAACUCGGAUGGCGAUAGAUGAUGAAGAUGAAUCUUGUGAGCAGAUUAAUCAUUUAGUUAGGCAGUCACAGGACAACCUGCACGCAGAAUACAUGAAGAAUGCACCAGAGAAGAGAACUCGAAAUAUCUUUGACAUUGUGGAUACAACCAUGAGAAUUAAAGAUAAGAUCCGAGAUGCCAUUCGCCCAGCUUCUGAAAGCAGGACAGUUGGUAAUGUUCUGGAGAAAAUCAAUACUAAAAAUCUCUUUGCCGACUUGGCGAAGAAGUUCAAGAAGAAAAGUGUGCCAGAGAAAUCUUUGCCAACUCACGAGGAAGAUGCAAGUGAAAGAUCAAAUUCAGAGACUUCUUCUGUUAAUCAUCAUCCAGUGAAUGAUACUUCAAAUGAAAUUGAACCAAGUACUGAAGAUGGACAGAAAAGAGACCAGGGAUCAUUAACAGAAAGGGAUGGUGAAGUAUUGAUGUUAGUAGAUUCUCAUAAAGAAAAAGAAUUAUUAGAAAAUGAAUGCAAAAGUGUGGAAACAACAGAUGAUAUUGAUGUAGACAAAGUGCAAAGUCCACCACCACCACCCUCUGUUGACAUUCAGGAAGACAGAGAUAUUAGGCAAUGUGGAAAUAAUAUAUCAGAUGUGGUUGAGCAUGAAAGAUCUCAGAUAAAUACUAACAUUUUCCCCAAAUCAAUUGAUCUACGGGAUAUUGUUUCAGAAUCUGUAGAAAUGACUGACAAGUCUGUGGAGUCCAAGAGUGAGGUUAUAGUGGACCAACAUUCUGGCAUUACCCCAAAAUCAGAUGAAUUACCAGAUGUGGUGGGUUCAGAAUCUGUGGAAAUUGCUGAUGUUGUGGAAUCUAAUUGUGAGAUUAUUCUUGACCAAGAAAUGACAGACAUUGAGAACAUUACUUCUGGAGCUGCAGCUGAAGUUAAACCUUUGUGUCCUACACCUUUGGCUGUAGAUCAGCCCUCGAGUCCUCCAUGUGCAGUCGUUGAGCAGCCCUCGAGUCCUCCAUGUGCAGUCGUUGAGCAGCCCUCGAGUCCUCCAUGUGCAGUCGUUGAGCAGCCCUCGAGUCCUCCAUGUGAAGUCGUUGAGCAGCCCUCGAGUCCUACACCUGUGUUAGUGGUUCAAACCUCAAGUCCUGCAGCUGUACAAGUGGACAAACCAUUAGAUACCACUUCUGCAGGUGUAGAUAAACCCUUGAUUCCUACAUCUGUAGGAGAAAGUAAACCAUCUGCAGCCAUAGAUCAACGGUUGAUUCUUAAUUCUGCAGUAGAAGAUAGACAGUUGAUUCCUACUGCAGCAGCUGUGGAUCAAUCCUUGAGCACUUCUCCUGUAACAGUAGAUAAACCAUUGAGUCCUAUUUCUGCGGCUGUUAGUGAACCUUCAAGUCCUACACCUGCUGCCAUAGAUCAACCAUUGAGUCCUACAUCUGCACAAGUAGAGCAAUGUUCGAGUCCUACACCUGCAACAAUAGAUAAAAUAUUUAGUUCUACUUCUGCAGUAAUAGAUAAACCCUCAAGUAGUACUGUUUCGACAGUUGAUCAAUCCUCAAGUUCUGCUCUUGCCACAGUAGUAGUUGAUACUUCCCAUGCAGACAAAGACAAACCCUUGAAUCUUUCUGCUGUGGAAGGAGAUCGUUCUUCAACUCGUACUUCUGCGAUGGAAGAUCAACCCUCAAGUCCUUUGAAAGCUGUAGAUAUACCAUCGAGUCCACUUGUUUUAGAUAAACUCUCAAGUCCUUCACAAGCAUUUAUAUUUCAAUCAAAAGAGGCUUGUGGCGUCAUGGAUGAGGAGAUCAAUGCUUUCCAGGAUACUGACAGGAAGAAGGUUGUAGAUGAUGCACCAGUCAUAACUGAGGUUAAUGUUCUGGUAAAAGAGUUAACUUUAUUGGUUGAAGAAAAUAUUGAGGAAAAUACUAUGGUAGAUCAAACCUUGUACAUUGAAAAUGAAAAUCCUGAUGUUGAAUUCGCCCCAUCUAAAAACGAUAAAGAUUUAACAACUCAGCAUAUGGAUGAAGUAGAGGUUUACACAGGCAAUGAGAAACUUGAUGAAGCUAUGACCACGGAAGCCCCAUGUGAAUCUUACAAUGACAUUGAGCAAGUGACUUCAUUAGCUGAUGACACUUUACAAGCAAGUGAAUUGUUGAAAGAGGUUGAACCUCCGAAAGAAGAAGCACCCAUGCCUCUCAUUUCUCCAGAAUCCCAUGUCUGUGCUGAAAAGACAGAACUGACACAACCUCUAGAGGAAUUACCUGAAGUGGUUGUAUCUAAUCCUGAUCCAAUAGAUGAUAGCAGUCUUACACUCAUCACUGCCAUUGAUACUAGUGUUUCCCAUGAGCAAGACAUAGACGAUAGCUCUGGGGAUCAUUUAGAAAUUAAUAUUGCCAAAGCUGAAAAGCAUGAUGACCAAGAUAGCAAAGAUGUCAUGGAAGUGGACACCGAACAGGUUCAAAAAGAGAUGGACAUUGUUGAAAAUAAGCAUAAAGAUGGGUCUAAUGAAAACCUUGCUGAGAAGAAUUCAAAACUACAGGGUGAUGUGGAUAAAGAACAAAGUUAUAUUGGUCAAGAACAGGAUUUGAAAGACAAUGAAGGAGCUAUUAUCAGUGGAGCUAAUGUACCAAGUACUGAAUCAAUUGAUGAAAAAGUUCCACAUCUAGACCUGAGUGAAAUCAAUAAAGAUGAGGAUGCAGGUCCUCAAGAUAAUGCGACUGAUUCAGUUAUUUCAGAUAAGGAUGAUUCUUCAAGUAAAGUAGACAAUGAUGAUGGGAGUGAUGCAGAAAGCAUCGAGUUACCAUCUCCUCCCAAGCCUACAAGGAGAGUACGGGAGAUCUUGAACUUGGCUCUUCCUGGCGAGAAGCCAGUGAACCUUGACAUAGAUCGCCCAUCAGCUCGGACCAGGUCCCAGAAUACUGGUGAUACUGUUCGGACCAGGUCUCGGGUGAAGCCUUCAUCCUCUCCUAACAUAGGGAGUGUUCUAACCCCUUUGCGUGCUAGUCCACGAUCAUCAGGAGGAAAGGCCAGCACUAAGAAGAGCCUUGAAUCAUCUGGGGUAGGGGCAAAGCGCUCUCCGAGACUAGGUAACUCCGAUCCAGGUGUCCAUUCUCAUAAGAAGAGAACACUGCGAUCUACUAAUGUCAGUUGAUACUUGUGUAAAAUGUGCAUGGCCUUUUUUGGGUAACUUGCAUUGUAAUGCAGUUGUGCUGUUUGCAUGCCUUUCUGAUCCAUGACUUCAUUCUCUGCAGUUUGUCUGUCAUCGAAUUGCCAAAGACAAAUAGUUCCAACGUGAUAUGAACCGAAUCACAACAUCAAGAGGAGGUUUUUCAGUUUUCAACAAAUUGCAUUAUAAGAGACAAAUUACCAAUGGAUGGUAUUGGCAGUUUCAAGGCCACUUGCUUGUAUAAGCUGGUUUGAUCACAGAUUUUAUUCCACGAUUAUGCUCCAUAUAUCUAGCUGUUGAUUGUUCUCUGUAUCCUUAUAUACCAAAGGUACUGUCAGACUUUUAUCAUCUAGCUAAGGAAAAGGCAAUUUACCCCCCCCCCCCCCAAAAAAAAGCAAAUCCUUUCAAAGAAUAUAUUUUUAUUUUUAGCUGGUAUAAGUACAUUGCGAUGAAGUUGUCAUAGGUAAUUGCUUUAAAAAAGACCUGUCCUAUUGGUAUGUAAGCAUUCUUGACAUUUUUAGCACACCUAAUAUUGAUCAUCACAUUGAAUAAUUGAAGAUUCAACUUAAAGCUUGAAACAUACGAAUAUGUGAUGCUGCUUUAUAAUUGUAAUGCAUGUUCCAGACUUGCCAACCAUCCUGAUUUCUGAAAUUUCAUGUGGGAAAUCGCCAUAGAACCAUUCAUACUGCCAGUCAAUACAUCUCAAAUAGCCGAGUCCUGUUAAGUUGCUAAAACCCAGGAGCUUAGUAGGCCACCUGGAUCCCUGGCCAUUGGUUGUCCAGAUUUUGCACUUAUAGAUUUUUGGCAGGUAUGAAUUCUUUCCUCCAAUGACAAUGUUAAUAUCCUGCAGUUGACAAAGUCAUCCAAGCCAAGUAAUUGAAAACAGCCCCCCAUAUUUUUUGUAUAAUGUUAGAUAGCAUUUCAUAAUUUCAUUUGAAUUGCUCCAUAUGGUUUUCUCAAUCCUCACAAUAUUGUUAAGGCAGUUGAACUACUUAGUGAUCAUACUGAACUCUAAAAUUGUGUAAACCAUUUUAUAAUAUGGCAUAUAAAUGUCAAGACUUUCUAUACACUCACCAGUCUUAUCUAAAAAUAUAUACUCGGUAAUUAUAAAGCAGUCAUCUUAUGCUAAAGGCUGUUGGUAAAGUCUUGCAUGAACAAGUCCAAUGAUUUAGGCAACCUUGCAUUAAGUGAUUGUAUUACUAGGCGACUAUUGUACUCACUUAAUUAUUCCUUUUUUUUACUUCAAUCAAAUUUUGUCAGUAACGGCCUAUUCAGGAAUUGUUAGACUUUACGUGUGCAAGGUUAAAUGUAUGACACAUGUGCAGGGCUAGUUGGCAUAAAUUAGGUCUUUGCUAACAACCAUCAUGGCUGUCACAAAAAAUGCAUAUAUUACGCAGGCAAGGACAAAGCUUAACAUUUUAUGUGGGAGAACUUUGUUGUAGCGGUAGAUGAGCUUUAAGGAAAAAAAUAUAUUUUGCAAUUGUCAAUUGAUGGUCACUCUAGUCCAAAGUCUACUCCCUAUUUAUUGUGGUUUCUUGAGUAGUGGAUUCUGAUGUAUAUGCUGGUCCCUUUGUAUGUAUGGACUGUACAAACGGGAAUUUAAUUUCUUAUUUGCUUAAAGUGGCAAUUAAACAACUAUGGAUCAAAAUGAAACCAUGAAAAUUACAUUUGAGUAUGUUGAAGAGUUCUUAACAGAUUAUGAAUAUGUCUAUAGGCAAUAAUGUUUAACUUUACAACUAUGUGGCAAAAUGAUUAGUAUGGUGUGGUUUUCAUAAUUAUAAUUCCAUAUAUAGUUGUUUACAGCUCUAAAAAAAAGUCCAAACUGAACCUCCCCCCCCCCCCAGAAAAAAAAUCUUAAUGAUCUUGGUGAGAUAUUGUGUAGUACCUCAUCUUUGAUUUUUUUAAAUAUAUUGGGAAUGUAUUCAUUGAUGUGUUUUACAUGUAGCUGAAAAAGAAAAGUAAUUGUAUCUUGAAAAUUCUCUCAUAAUUCUAAUGUCCGUAGAUUUUGUAAAGCAGUCUGUUUCAAGCAAGGAAAACUCUCCGAUUCAUUUUACAUGUGAAAUUACACAAUCAUUUUUUUGGUAUUAUUUUUGCUGUAUUGUUUCUGCAAGUCCAUGCACUGUCGCUGAGGGCAUUUUCUCCUUAAUUUUUGAAAAAUAAUGUUAGCAUUACAUUUAAAAACUUAUUUAUUUCAUUGAUUUCAGUUUUAUCUUGAAAUGUCAAACUCAGCUCAUUCAAGAUAUAAUUCCUAACUAAAAUUUAAUUAUAGACACAUUUGAUGGUGAAUUCUGGUAUUGGCAUUUGGUAUUGCUAGGGGCAAAACACAUGGAAAAUUUAUGAAUUCUAUCAUACUUGAAAGAUUUACAAAUUUUCAAUUUCAACUUGUACAUUGUACUAAUUUUGUGAGAAUAUAUUUUUUGAUUUGCAAGAUUUAAGCUUGGAAAGCUUUAAAUCCAGUUGGAUAGUUUACAAAUAUACCACAAAAGUGUGUGAAUAUUGACUGUAAAACAGCUAGCUUUGCAUGUGGAAAGUAAUGGCCUUGCUUCUAGUUCCUCUUGCUAGCUGUUCAUAUGAAAGUACUGUAUUGACCAUUAACAUAUAUCAAAAGAUUUAUUUUCUUUAAACAUAUAAUAGCAUUACAAGCUGAUGACCUAUAUUGUGUCCGUAUCAUCUGCUUGCAAUGCGUAUCGCUCAUUGAUAUUUGAAAAUUGCUUAUCCUUGAUCUAAUGUGUCACCGAAUGUAAACUGCAUCAUUUUUUGUUUGUUCCUAAGUGAUAUUUUGUACAAUAAUGAAGAUAAUCUAAAUUCUGUGACUAAAUAAGAAGUUGCAUUGAUGAAUGCAAGUGAAAGAAAUAUAA